AUGACAACAGAUAUAUAUCUCGGUAAACGCCUUUCGUAUGCUUCCCACCUUUGUACGGUUCGUUAUCACGGCCCCGUAGAGGGAACCACCGGUACAUGGCUUGGAGUAGAAUGGGACGACCCUACUCGUGGGAAGCACUCGGGCUCGCACCAAGGCACUCAAUACUUUACAUGUUUAAAUCCCUCUCCGACCUCUGGAUCAUUUAUCCGACCAGCCCGCAAGCCAGACCCGCCACGUUCUUUUGUAAAGGCACUCAAAGCAAAGUAUGCGUCUGAAGAGGAAGAGGAAGAGCACGGGGAAGAAGGACCCCAGGACCCAGAUGAUCGGAAGCCAGUAACUUUCAAUGGAAAGCCAGCAGAGGAAAUCGGGUUCGACAAGAUUCGACGACAGCUCGCUCAGCUGUCGGAAUUGCGGAUUAUCAUCUUGGAUGGGCUAUGUAUGCAUCGUCCAGAAGCACGGGGCACGAAGUGGAUGGAAGGUGGCGAGAAGAACGACAUAAAGGACGCUUGUCCAAAAGCCAUCGAACUAGAUUUGAGCAGGAAUUUGUUUGAGGAUUGGAGAGAAGUGGCAGCAAUAUGCGAACAAUUGACAGAGCUGAGGAGUUUGAGGGUAGAUUUAGGCAGCAUGCUAAUAGAAGAGAACAGUGGCACACGUUUCCGAGAUGUAAAUCUUACGGACGUGGAACAGGAAAGGUGCCGAAAAGCCUUUACACGUAUAACGUCUUUGAAGCUAGAAGACACACUUCUUCCCUGGGCAGACAUAGCACGACUUACUCAUCUCUUCCCUUCUCUCACCACGUUUUCCGCCUCGAGCAACCUCUAUACAGCACUCACGCCACAUACACCCAAUCCAACAAUCAUCAACCUUACACUCGAAGACAAUCACAUCACAUCCCUUUCAUCCAUCGAAUGCCUAUCGAAGCUACCAAAACUCCAACGGCUGAUUCUGAAAUCCAACAAAGUCUCAGAGAUAUCCAGCGCUGGCGCAUUGGCACCGCUGUUCCCGAAAACAGUGCGAGAAGUUGAUCUUUCAUUCAACGAGAUAACGACAUGGAACUUCAUCGAGCAACUCAUCCACGUCUUUCCCGGUCUCCAGAGCCUGCGAGUCUCGCACAACCCCCUUUACCAAUCGCUCCAGGCACCAGAUGGCCGUUCUCUGACUGCCGAUGAUGGGUACAUGCUUACGCUUGCGCGACUGGGGCAGCUCAAGACGCUAAACCAUAGCCCGAUCACCGAAAAAGAGCGGUUAAACGCAGAGUCUUACUACCUUUCCAUGAUAGCAAAGGAGCUUCAGUUUGCAUCUGAGAACCUGCGAGAGGAAAUCUUGAAAAGCCAUCCGAGAUACGAAUGGUUGUGCGAGGAGUAUGGUGAGCCUGAUAUCCAGCGCUCUACGAAUGCUGUGAAUCCAAACUCCUUAGCUGCCCGGCUGCUUCGCAUCAAAUUCUAUCUCGCAACCUGUCCAUCUACAAUUUUUGAAACGGAGAUUCCAAUGGGCAGUACUGCAUACACCACGCUUGGUGUUGUAGGCAAGCACCUCAACAUCAAGCCUAUCAAAUGCAAAUUGAUCUGGGAAACUGGUGACUGGAUUUCGGUACGCAAGUCCGCUACGGAAAUUGUGGAAGAUGAUUGGGAUUCAGAGGAUAGCGAGGCGGAAAUGGGCAUGGAACGUGUGAUGCGUGAAGUAGAGAUCUUGCCUGGCACAAGGUCGAUUGGGACGUGGAUCGAUGGGAUGGAGGCUACUGUCAGGGUCGAAGUGCAUUCAGAGGAUCUCUGAAUGCUGCUGCGGCAUAAAAACUUGGGGUGUUGGAGUUUGCU